AUGUUUAAGUCCCUGUUGUUAAGUUGUCCACAUCAUCAUCAAGCUAACGAAGUGUUGGAACCAAACACACAAAUUUUACUUAAUUCUGCUGCUGGUGGACAAGCUUUGGAGAAGACGUAUGCUGAGAUGUUCACAUUGCUUAAUAGAAUUUCACAAGGUAAUCCCGAGUGGAAUGGAGGAGGAGCUAAACCGGUCGUACAAAAGAGUGCUGGAGUGUUGGAAAUGGAUGCAGUGACAACCUUAACUGCACAAAUUUCAGCAAUGCAUAAUAUAAUGACCACACUCUUCAGCAACAUGUCACUAGGACACCAGCAAGCUCAAGUUAAUAUGGUGCAACAACCACCAACAUGGUGUGACGUAUGUGGAGGUGGAGAUCACACUGCUGAGCAAGGUCAUGGUAAUCAGCAGGCUUCCAAGCAAGGUGAUAUGAGUGUGGAGGACAUACUAAAACAAAUCAUGGCUGACCAAGCUAAAUUGGAAGCAGAUGUCCGAAACAAUCAACUGGCAAUUCAGAAUUUAGAGAAGCAGUUUGGGCAGUUUGCUAGUGCCCAAAAUUGCCGACCACAAGGGGGUUUGCCUGGAUUUACUGAUCCAAACCCUAAACAUGUAAAUGUUGUAAGUACUCGUAGUGGUCAUCCAUUGGAGGAGUUAACUCCAAAGGCAAAGGCUGCUGAAGAAAAAGGAAAACAUGUAGAUGAAGUGGAACCAAGUGAGCAAAGGGGCAUUCCUAAGUAUGACAAAUAUGUGAAAGAUGUGGUAGCCAACAAGAGUAGAUUGGCUGAGUAUGCAAAAGUGGCAGUCACUGAGGAGUGUAGUUCUAGAAUCCAGAAUAGGCUCCCAACUAAGUUGAAAGAUCCAGGGAGUUUUACCGUGCAAAUAAAAAUUGCAAGGCUAGAUGGCGUUAUUGAGGAUGUCUUAGUCCAAGUGGGAACUCUGAUUUUCCCCAUAGACUUUGUCAUCUUGUUUUUUGAGCCUGACCCAGAGGUCCCAUUUAUUUUGGGACGCCCAUUCUUAGCAACCGGGGGUGCGUUAAUUGAUGUGGCGGCUGGUAGACUGACAAUGAGGGCUCAUGACAAGGUAGAGGUAUUUGAUGUGUACAAGGCAAUGAAGUUGCCUGCAAUAUAUGACAAGUUGUUAGCAAUUACAGUCAUUGAUGAGGAAAUGGCAUCUAAAUAUGUUGAAGCCCGAUAG